UGAUUAAUUCUUUGUGGGAUUUCCCCACCAGUCCCUUGAUCUUGGGGAUGGAAACUGAAUGGGGGCUGAGAUAAGAAAUCUAGGGCAACACUGCUAAGCAGCUGUUUUUCUCACGCUUUUCACACACACUUUUCAAGGGACAUGUACGUGCCGCCAGCGCUGUUAGAUAGCAUAAGACAAUUGUCUCUUAUUUAACCAAUACGUGUUAUUGUGAGACGCCGCUGGUCUGGACAUUGCAUGUUAACACAGACGGUAGACGGUAUCGUGAUGAGUGUAAAUUGUAAUUCUUGCCUUGACAGGAUAGCUUUAGGACAUCCAGUAGAUGGGGCAACCUUACAGUACGAUUUUGGGACAAGGAUUUGUGAUGAUGGUUUGCUGUUCGCAAACACAUAACUCUAGGGUAAAACAGGGAGAUGAGGCUCGUCAGAACAUUUUGGAGGACUGCCAUCGCUUUUCUCCUCAAUUGCAUCAUCAAAUGCUCUUUCCAGGGUCCAGUCAGCUCCUCAGGUCCAGCCAUGGGUAUCAUCUGUCAGGGGUUUGUGUCUGUUGAACCUGGACCCCUCUUUACCAUGGGCUCCAAUCUGACGGUCUACUGCACAACCACAAUGCCCCAUUGUAACUCCAGGCUAUUUAUAGAGCUGAAUGGUCAGGAGCAGAUUCCAGUAGAGAGGUUGAACUGUUCUACUGUCCGACUGAGACUGACUAACCUCCGCGAACCAAACUCUGUUUUGAUCUGUAAACUGGAGAGGGAUGGACGUUUCAAGACCAUCUGUGGACUGGAUUUACAUAGUGGAUACCCUCCGGAUGAGCCCAAUAAUAUUGCCUGUGAGGCUCCCAGGGACUCAGAGGAGAUCCACUGCAACUGGAGCAGUGGACGUGAAACAUACUUGGUCACAAACUACACAUUCUCACUCUCGCGUGAGAACAAAACCCAGGUGUUUCAGCGUGGGAUACGGAGAACUGGUGGGUUCAGUUUCCCACGGUCUGAGUUGAAUGAGAAGGAACAGCACCAGCUGCGGUUAAGGGCUCACAACAUACUUGGAGAAUCAUUUUCUCAACCUUUCAUCUUCUCUGUCAAAGACAUAGUGACUCCAGACACCCCGUACAUCGUGAAACUGGAGUUCGGGAAUAGCUCCAGUUUAGCUGUAUUGCACUGGAACUGCUCAGAAUCCCCUGAACUUUUAAAACACCAAGUAAGGCUCAGAACAGGCAAUGGCUCCUGGGUGGAGCAAUACAUGGAUCUGGGCCGGGGCCUGGUCAAGGUGGAGGGCCUGCAGCCCCUGACUCACUAUGACUUCCAGAUCAGAGUUUGUUUUUCUGAACAGAGGUCCAAGUCUGCACCCGACCUCGACACCAUGCUCAGGCCCAGCUCAACACAUGGACCUACCCCAGUACUCACCCCCUACUCCACCCACAGGCCGCUUUGCAGUAAAUGGAGCCCAUCAGCUCAGGAUACUAGCCCAGGGAUGGCCCCCACCAGAGAGCUGGACGUCUGGAGGGUGUUGGGUGUCCCUCAGGCUGAUGGGGUUCAGAACGUGACAGUACUGUGGAAGCCCCUCUCUCCAGAUGACUAUAGCGGUCAGGUGUUGCGGUAUGAGCUGUUCUAUCCGCAUGAGGGUCAGAGACAGGAGGUCUCAUGUCCGGCUGAUGUCAUCCAAUAUUCAAUUCAAUUGACACCUGAGGUUCAGGUGUUGUUUGUCAGGGCUGUCACCUCUUUCGGAACAUCUCCACCGGCCGCCCUCCACCUCACACACACGAGUGUGUCUGGACCUGUCCUAAGAUGUCUUGGACCUGCAGUGGGAGAAGGAGGAGAUACAGUUGCCCUGUCCUGGUUGUGGGAUGGAUCUAGUGGGCCUGGGGCAGAGACAGAUGCAGAGGCAGGGCCAGGGGUACUGUUGGGGUUUGUGGUGGAAUGGAUUAGUGGAUCUCUAGAACUGGGCUGGCAGAGAGUGGCUGUGGAUAGAAACAGCACUCUUAUUACAGGUCUGAGGCCAGGAGUGAGGUAUAAUGUUUCACUUUAUGCUGAGACUACCUGGGGGUUGUCCCGCCCCUCAUGUGGCUUGGUCUAUUCCAGAGAAGAGAAACCAGAAGCUGCACCGAAGGUGUCUAUAUUAGCCCAUGAAUCUGGACGGGUUCUUAUCCAAUGGGAGGAGUUACCCAUGGACGAACAGAGGGGCUUUAUAACACACUACAACAUCUAUGUUAAGGAACUGGCUUCUGAUGCGCACCAGAAUUUCAGGGUGACUGUACCAGCGUCAGAGCCCAGUCAGAGAUGGCUGGACUAUCUAUCUGAGGGGAUUGUUUCAAUCCAGGUUACUGCUUCCACAGCGGCAGGGGAAGGACCACAAGGGGAGGGGCUUCUCUCGCAGCCUAUUGGCACUGCAGUUGGAUUGGUGGCUGGUGUGGCUUUCGUGGCAACUGUUGUCAUGGUGAUAAUAGUGAACCUGAUGUGUUGGAGCUGUGUGAGGAAAAGGGUCAAACAAACAUGCAUAUCUUUGGGCCCUAUCUGGCUGUCUGAGAACCUCCCGAAACUUGGAAACAGCAAUGCUAUCAGACUGCUUAAGCAGGGGAACCCAGUGCGCCAAACCUGGUCCUGGAUGUUCACCCUCAGUGACCCACCGCUGUCUCAGAUCGAAGAGGUCACACCAGGGGAGAAGGACGAACCCUACCCCAUCAUCCACACUGGGAGGCUCCAGACUGGGAAGGGGGAGCCUGACACAGAGGGGAUGACACAGACCCAAUGGACAGCAUCACACAUUGGAUACAAACCACAGACUACAACUGAACCUGGACAAGACAUGGAAGAGGUGGAAGACAUCACAGGGCAUAUUCCCAUCUGUGAGAGGACAGGCAGGUGCCCAGAGGAGUCCCAUGGACUGCUAGAACCCUGGUUCCCUGAUGUAAUAGUGGACCUACCUGGCAUUUCCUCUAGACUGGAUUCCAGUUCCAUUUGGGAGCUCACCCCCCAAUGCACUACCCAGACAUUAAGCCUCUUCUCUGGGGAUCUAUGGCUGGAGGAGAAGGGUUUGGAAGUGGGCCUUGGCUAUCUGGACUCACCUCAGGGACAGACAGUGAAUCCAGAGGACACGAUCUGCUUUCUGGCUAUGCCAAUGACCACUGAUUACUUUCCUCAGACCGCCAACUUCACCACUUAAAACCACCAGCAGACUUCUUAAAAGCAUUAUCUUCUCUAUCCAUCAGUGAUUAGGACGUUCCAUUCACAUUUGGACAUGUUCUGCCCAUUACAACAUCUAGUGGCAUUUCCGCUCGCUGCUAUAUAACCAUUAUCGUUCAUUGCUAAAAGUGUUCAUGUGGAUAAAUCUUUUCUUAUCAAUCGGUGUCUGUAUAGAUCUACUGUAUAAUGGACAACAAAAACUAGUCUCCUGUCCAAAGUGUUAAAACUGUAUUGCGUUGGGGAAAACAGGGGUACAUUAGUUGCUUUCAAUGUUAAAUCUUCUAAUAGGCUGCAACAUAUGCUGCUAUUCAAAAACAUCAGUGUACAGUAACACAUUCAAUGCUACCACCAUUUACAGGCUACAAUACUUCUAACUGACUCAACUCAGUUAUAGUGUACGUUCUCCCUGCUAGCUUAGCAUCUCAAGGUGCAAACACCACUUUGUAUUAGUCUCUAUAGUAAGCUUCCCCUGAAUCCUGAUCAGUGUUGGGGAAUAUUAUUUUUAACCAUAACUAAUUACAGUUCCCGUAAAGUAACUAGUUAUGUUACUUUGUUGCUUACUGUAGAUAGUUUGGCAUUCAGUUAUACAGUAUCUCACAAAAGUGAGUG